AUUUCUAACGAAACUUAAACUGAAUCAGGAAAUUAAAAAAAUACGACUCGCGUUUGAUCGCUCGGAGAUUUUACGUGUUUUUUCUGCAAAAUUAACUCCGAAAGCGUCGUUAUUUUACGCCGCACGUUUCGCUGAGUCAUGACUAGAACCACCGCGUUGAAAAUCAGCAGCGACAGUCAGAAGAAGGUGGACAACUUCCGCCAGCAGCUCAACAAUGAGAUUGAAAAUUUGUUCUGCAACAUCAUUCCCCAGAAAGUAGUUUACCUGGACGGGCUGCUCAAGGAUGCUGCGUUCACUGACAUGUCGACACUCAAAGCUCCUCUGGACAUCCCCAUCCCAGACCCGCCCUCCGAGGAAGAGGAAAUGGAGACGGACAAACCCGACGGAGAAGGAAAGAAAAAGAAAACUCCUCCCAAGUGCGGCUUCAUCAUUUCAAACGAGAGGAUCUCACAUCUGCUGGGGCUGGUGAAGCCGGAGAUAUUUGCCCUCAGAGAGACGAUGGUUAAUAUCACCUGCUGGAUCCAUCACCUCAUCCCCAAAAUAGAAGACGGAAACGACUUUGGAGUCGCGAUUCAGGAGAAAAUUCUGGAAAGAAUCGCCGCGGUCCAAAAGAAAAUGGACGAGCUGCUCCCGAACAUCAACAAGUAUUUGUCGGAGAGAGGAGACGCCGUCGCCAAAGCCUCCAAAGAGACACACGUGAUGAAUUAUCGCUCUCUGGUCCAUGAAAAAGACAGAGACAUGUUCCAGGAGGCCAGAGUGGUCCUGCUGGACAUCCGCAGUCUCUACACUGAAUUUUACGACGUCAUCAACAAAAAUCUGGACAAAGUGACCAACCCCAAAGGAGAAGAGAAGUCCUCCAUGUACUGAGCCCGCAAAGUACUGCGUGUACUGAGCCCGCAAAGUACUCUCUGUACUGAGCCUGUGCGACGCUCCAGUUUCACAUACACAAAUACAAACAAAUAUCAAUAUAAUCAAUACAAUCAAUGGUUUGUGGGUUUUCAAUAAUGAUUUUUUUUUUACAAUUGACCAGUGGAAAAACUCUUCAAGUAAAUUUUAAACAACACUUUCAUACUUAAGUAGAUUUUUCCAUGUGAUAUUUCUGAGUAACUUUUUGCGCCUGUAUGUGUACUUUACUUGAGUAACAUGGAGUUCUUCUUCUUCCACUGUUGAUUUGUGUAAAACUAUAAUUUAUAUUUACAUCAGGUCUAAUCCCAUCAAAAUGAGUCAUAAAAACUUGUCAUAAGCACUGAGAUUUGUGUAGAUUCCAUUUGGAAAGGACUGCAUUUCUUUUGCAGUACUUGCACCAUUUUUGUUGUUGUAAGAUUUGAAUAAAAAAAGCUCCAAACAUG